CGCGGAUUGGAAUGCAAAAACGUCUGUUGGUAGUUUCGGCCCCCAAUGCCAUGUAACUGCUAAGUCCAAUACCUGGCAACUUUCAUGGCGCCUGGCCUCAUUCUUGAUGUAUAGAUCCGCGAAAAUACGCAAGCUCACCGAAAAGCCCGUGGGUCUGUAGGGCUGAGAAUGGGGCACUAUAUCGCCUUGGGAAACGACGGUUGCAUAUUAGAGUCGAGGGAACACGCACUCUUCACGAUGCUUUCCUGUCACUCUCGCGGUCCCAAGCACCAUGAAGACGACAAGGACGACGACAAGACCAAAGGCGGUACGUUCAUUCCUUCAAGAAACAAACCAUGCCUUCCGUUCACCACCGAAACCGCCGUGCCAACUGCCAGAGUCAUGUUGCAUCGAAUAUAACCCGCUACCAAGGAGGAACGGACACCAAACCCUAUCAGGGCUACCAUGACAACUUCAGGAUCCAAGAACUGAGACUUAAGAGCGAGUUCCUCGACAUAUACGCAGUCAAGUGUCUCUGCGGUCGUACCUUCGAGGCGCAGGCGUUCUCGCUGUCGUGUCCCUGCCGAAAACUCCUGGAAUCCAGGAAGCGGCGGAUGAAGCGCAUUUACCGCUCGCAGAACUUCGUCAAUGUCUUCGAUAGCGAGGGGAAGAGGUUCCUCGUCACCCAGACUGACAGAAGUCCGGCAGAGUGGGAGAAUGUGUGUCACCAGAUCAAACAGGGUGGGAAUGAGUUCGAAAAUCGGGAUGAAGACGGUUUCUUUGAGGCUACUAUAAUGCCGCAAGAGACCUCUACAGAUCAACCGACUCCGCCCUCGACACCGAGCUUCAGUUAUGCUGAUAUACUGGCAAGGGGCCUGGAACGUCAGAACGAACACAAAGGAUGCUAGAACAAAAGCUAGCAGGACGUAACACAAAUAGUUUCCUAUCACACCGCAAUGGGGAUCAGACAGUGUGGUUUAGUAUUUUUUCCUUCCCUUCCCUGGACGCCCUGUGGGUAUCCAGCACUUUUACGACCUCACGAACCCACGGCCUGUUUUCUUUCCAAUACGUUGAUCUCGUUUUCGACGCCGCUUGAUUAAUUUGGACUUUUGCAAACGUUGUACAACUCGAAUGGCAGAGCGCGAGUUCAACGGUUAUAAACUGUGAGGAAUCAAAUCUCAUACACAAAUCUAAGAGAUAGAGAAAACUUACAAGUUUACAUGUAUGCUACUGUGACAACCCUAUCUCGAUAAAUCGGAG